GCCACACAGUAGUGUCUGCAGUGGAUUUCUCCCACAGUGGUUCAGCUGUCUACAAUAACAAACACUCCUGCUCUAAUGCGCGCUCCCUAAAAGCCGCGGGAGUGCGCACCUAACUUGCUGUAGCCAUGGCUGCAGCGAGGACUUUAAAGUACCAUCACCUAGAUCACAUAGAUUAAAUCCACAUCGUCACUUCAUCCUGUUCUUUUUAAACACACCAGCUGUUAUCGACGAGGACAGAGUGUUACCGGUUGACCGAAGGAUUUUAAUGCAUUUACUGGCAUCAAUGUGCCACCGAUAGUGCUAUAAACUAGGAUUUUUUUUGCUAAAAUCAUUUUUUCUUGAAGUUGUCUAAAAGUUGUCUUGAAGUUGUUGGCUGUAACUACCUUUCAGCAUGCUCCACAAACCGAUUCAAAGAACAGCCGGGGGAUUUAUCCGUCAAGAUGAAUGUCUUCUUACAAUUCCGAAGUUGUUCCAGAGACUACGGGGGCAUUAUGUCGGCUCUGGGAUCGGACUCCUGGUGGAAGAAGACUCUGUACAUCACCGGGGGGGCCCUGCUGGCUGCUGCAGCCUACCUACUGCAUGAACUGCUCGCCAUCAGGAAGGAGCAGGAGUUGGACUCUAAAGACGCCAUCAUCCUGCAUCAGUUCUCCAGGCCAAAGAACGGUGUGCCCAGCCUCUCACCCUUCUGCCUCAAAAUCGAGACGUACCUGCGCAUGGUGGACCUGCCCUACCAGAACUACUUUGAUGGGAAGCUGUCGCCGCAGGGGAAGAUGCCCUGGAUCGAGUACAACCACGAGCAGGCUUCAGGGUCAGAGUUCAUCGUAGACUUCCUGGAGGAGAAGCUGGGUGUCAACCUCAACAAUAACCUCACGCCGCAGGAAAGAGCCGUGUCCCGAGCUGUCACCAAAAUGGUCGAGGAACACCUGUACUGGACAAUAGCCUACUGUCAGUGGGUGGACAACCUGGAGGAAACUCAGAAGCUUCUUGCGAUGAGCGGUCCCCUGAGCGACACGCUGAAGUGGCUGCUGAGCCACCUGAACGGCAGCAUGGUGCGCAGGGAGAUGUACGGCCAUGGCAUCGGACGCUUCUCUAAGGAGGAGGUCUACGCUCUGAUGGAGAAGGACAUGAGGACGCUGGCCACACUGUUGGGAGAUAAGAAGUACUUUAUGGGCUCUAAGGUGUCGACAUUAGAUGCUACAGUGUUUGGGCAUUUAGCCCAGGCUAUGUGGACUCUGCCCGGGUCACGACUGGAGCAACUCAUCAAAGGAGAGUUGAUCAACCUGGCCAUGUUCUGCGAGCGGAUGCGAAGGAGGUUCUGGCCCGAGUGGUUUGUGGAUGUGGAGGAUCUUUAUUAUGAUGGAGACAGUGAGAGCAGCAGCGGCGGCGGCGGCUCCCCUACAGGCUUUGGCAUCUUCUCCAGGACUGACACACUGGACGACAGCGACGCCAGCAGCCACUCGGCCGGACACACGCACACACACUCCCCCGACUCUGACCACUCGCUCUUUGACUCGGACAUGGGCACGGGAUCUGAAAAUGACAUUCAGCUGAAGGAGGAGUUAAUUCCCGACCUGGAGGUCUGACCUGAGAGUGGUCGUGAUUGGCAGACAGAUUGAGACUGACAGGAGACGAGAACUGUGUCGGUUAGCUUGAAAAAAAAACAAAAACGGGCAGUCUGGACAGGUUUCCAGACAGCAGCUCUCACAGCUGAAAGAAUAUUCCAGCUCCUCCACCUCUAAUACCCAAAAUGAUAAACCCUGCUGAUGGACCGACUGGGUAUUAAUAUGCAGAGCAUACAAACUGAACCUCAUAAUACACAUACUACUGUAUGGUUUACCCCUCCUGUAACACCAGAACUGUCACAGUGGCAGUUUCUCUUUGCCUUAUUUGUCUCGUCCUCAGAUGCAGAAGCUGGUUUGAAAGGUUAACACAAAGGAAACAUCUCAUCUCCUGAAAAGUGCAGCAGCGACAGAAGAGUGGUCUAGACAAGGCAGGUGGCACUUCACUUGCUAUGAAACGAUGCAACUAAUCACCACUCUGCCAUGUGUCUUAACGUACAAACCCAUUGGAACAGGUGGAGAUCGAUCAUGUGGCUGAAAGGAACAGCUGCUGUGUCUCGGCUGUAAAGCAUCCGUGUGCUGGAGAAGAAACACAAAUGACAUUUAGUGCUAGUCCAUGCUCUAGAUUGAUCCUUUAUGCUACUGUUUGCGAAAAGAACCUGUAUCAAAACAUAGGGCUGGGUACCAAUACCAAUACUUUUUAGGCACCGACCGAAUUGCCUCCUUAGGAUUGAGUAUUGUCAUUUAAUACCAAAUUCCAAUACCUAAGGAGCAAAUCUUAUCAGCGUCAGUGAGCCAAUAAGCGUGCAGCAUGCUUCUACCAACAUGCUACUUGCGAUUGGCUGUCGUUACACAUCGUAAAAGGUGAAGCUGAAAAGUAAAUAAAAAAAAUUGUUACGUAAUGUGUAAUGUUGUAAUUUCUUUAUGUUGAAAUGCAUUUUAUAAAAUUGGUAUUGGAAAAAAGUAACAUUGAGGAACCGGUGUCGAAGUCACGGUAUUGGUAUCGGUACCUGAAUCAAACGUGUUUUGAACGACACCUAGCCCUAUCAUAGUCCUAUGGAAUAGAGGCCAGAAGGAAAGAGGAGCAGAUUGGUGCCUGUUUAAUUUGCCAGUUAUUAUCCUUAUUUCUCUCCAUGUAGAAAUUACUUGCUUUGUUAUUGGGGACGUUGGAGCUUUCAUUGUUUUCCACAUCUCUUCAGCUCUGUAAUUCGUAUAUUUGACCACUAGAUGUCAGCCUAGUGCCUCCUUUAUUCUGUAACAUCCACCCUGAGGACCUGCAGUCCAUUUAACACAGCAAAUCAUUUCUCCUUCAGUCCUAAUCUUUAAUAUUGCGGUUCCCAUUCAUAGGUAACCUGUCAGUCUGUGUGCAGGUGUAAUGUGCGUACGUAUGCGUACUUACACACUGUGACUGAGCGCAGCAACAAAUCAGCCUUAGUUCUUUAAGACUAGAGAAAUGGGUGAAAAAAGCCUGCAACAGUUUUUGUUGUGAUAUAAUUUAUUAUCUGUGCCACUUUAUUUUUCUUUCUAUAGGAUCUUAUGUGUCAAAUAUAUAUUUUGUUAAACUUUGUUUUGUUAUUGCUCUCAAAGAGAGAUGUUAUUUUGCACUAGUGGAAAAUUAUUUUCACCUUAUUUCAAUGGGAGCAAUCUGUUGUGGAGGUAGAGAACAGUCUAGGCCAAAGGAAUGGGAAACAUAAAUGUGUAUAUCAGUAGUACAGGACGUUGAGUGUCCUGAUAAUAACUGUGCUGCGAGGGGACUGUGCUGCUUACUGUAUGUCGUGUAUGUGAAUCUUACUGGGUGUGAAUGUCAUCAAUGAAGCAGUUGAUGAAGUCUUUGCAGAGACAGUCAGAAUACCAAAUAAACAGAACUGAACAUCGCUAGUUUAAAAACCUUUGGUAUAAAAUGGACCAAAAUGUCUCGGGAAGUGUUCACUUUUGUCUGUCACGUCAAGCUUGGUGGAAGCGCUCGUAAUGGCAAUAUGAUUGCUGUAAAAAGAUUGUGGUGCAUAUAGAGUAGAUGUGACUUAAGUUUAAGGGUCAGUACACUCAAAUUACAAAAAACAUUCUCACCAAAAUCUCAUGGUAUUGAGCCAUUCAGAUAGUUUGGGUUUUAUUUCUCCAGGUUUUCAGAUAUGUGUCUGUAAGAUUUUGCGAAUCCUGUCACUUUGGAUUUCUUACAUCCGAUGAAAACUGUAAUAUCACAAAAGAAUCCAGUUCAAGCAAAUGAUGACUAACACAUAAAUCAUUGAGAUUUCUUUCAACACUCGCAGCAUAAUCCUAAACCACCCUGUAAAAUUGACGUUCUGUUUAUUCGUGGUAAUGUUACCGUAACGUAGUUUUACAAGAUCACAAACAGCCUUAUCUUCAUCCAGGAUUUUUCCAACUAUGGUGUCAAACCCAAAAUGCUCGUUGUUUGAAUUUGGAAUGAAAAGUGACAGCCCAAGUUCACAGCGAGGUUUGUGGAUACCUGUGGACUUUUACUUAAAACUGCUAUAGUCAGUAUUUGUAUAUUAAUGUAAUGUGAAAGGGGUCGUCGCUUGUAAUGAUGAACCCACAGAGAAUUAUCACCUUACUCCGCAGGUUCCCUAAGCGCUACAGAGCGUUUUAGCAUCUUACUCCUUCUUUAUGUUUUUACCAUAGACUGUCAAAAUAAUGGCCAUGCGCAUCAAAAAACAAAAAAGUUUUUAAAACCCAUUGUACGCUACCUGCUCUGCCCCAAACAGCAACAGACAAAGUUAGGGACUAGUUGAUGACCAUGAGCAUUUAGCUGCAUAAGAGGGAUAUAUUUCCCUCAGGAGUUGGUGGAGAGCACAAAGCAGAGGGAAUAUUGGACUUACAUUCAUCAGGUGGCCAGAAACACGACUCUGAGUGAAUGCUAAUGUUGCUCCGUGUCUGCUAGAUGUAACUGCUUGCUAACAAGUUUGCCAUACCAACUUCAAGCCCAGCACUAUCUGCAUGGCUACAUACCACUUGUGUUUUUUAUGCAGUUUGGGGGAAGUGACCCUUUAAAUGAGAAGCCUGGAUAGAUGCAAUAUAUGAGUUAGUGACAGAAGGCCGGAGUUUGAUCCAGAUACUUGGACUCCAGAGACAACCCUCUUCCAUCAUGUCGCCCUGUGGUUCGCAUCCCGACCCGCCCUGGCCUGGAUUGUGCGCUUUUUCUCAGUCGCCUCAUCCAGUCUGGGCAUCAUAUAGAAUUGGACUGCUUUAAACAAGCCAUAUUAAAACUAAAUGUCUUGUUGAUUAGAACCAUGUCAUAGCAUUACUGCUGGGGUAAUGUAAAUAUUGUAUGUGUGACAGUCUACCAUACUGUAUGUAGAGCUGAUUGACUGAUCAAACUACCUAUGGAUGUGCAGUCAUAAACUGGAGCGACUAGAUGAUUUCAAUAAAGAAUAGCUGUGACAAUUUUAAA